CAAUCUUCGGCUGUGACCUCCACAAUCAUGGCAUCAGAUCUCUGUCCUGUAUACUCGCCCUUCUUUGGCGCCAUGGGUUGCGCCGUAGCCAUCGCUUUGACAACUUUUGGCGCAUCGUACGGAACUGCCAAAUCCGGCAUUGGUGUGAUGGCAGCGGGUAUACUAAGACCGGACAACAUGGUUAGGAGCUUGAUGCCGAUUCUGAUGGCUGGAAUUGUUGCGAUUUAUGGACUUGUCAUAUCAAUCCUGAUCUCGUACGGCAUCUCGACCCAACCGACACAUUUGGCAACGAGUUUCACACAACUGGGAGCUGGACUUGCAGUUGGAUUGUCCGGUCUCGCUUCGGGGUUUAGUAUUGGGAUCUGCGGAGACGCUGGUGUUCGAGCAACAGCUCAACAGCCCCGUCUUUUUGUCGCUAUGAUGCUCAUACUCAUCUUUGCCGAAGUGCUUGGCCUCUAUGGCAUGGUCGUGGCAAUGUUACUGCUGGGAAGAGGAGCUGGUGGUACACAAUGUUGAACUUGAGGUGUUUGGAUGUUGUUGCAACGCGCGACUUCAAAGCUCACACCUUUGACUAGGUACUCACCGGGGUAGUUCGUAUAUGUGGCCUCAGAUAGCUGCUAGCCAAGAGAGAUAAGCAAUAGAUAUCUGAGUGUCU